AUGGACAACACUUUUUUUAAACGUUUUGGGAAACACUCUCAUAAAAGAAACCCUACAGAUUUAUUAGCACCAUGCAUUCCCAUAAAUAAAUCUAUCAAGCCUACCCAGAUAUAUCAAGAUCACGACCCAAAUCCAAGUCCUUUUUUAGAUAAAAAAACAGCACAAUUACCGAAAAUAAUAAAUCAUAAAUCCAACCUUUCAGAGUCCGUUUUGUCUGAUUGGUAUUUAUCGCAAGAUUCAAGAAAUAGGUUUCCUUAUGACAGCUUAUCGCCAGUAAAAAAUCGAUACUCCGAUCUCUCUUUAUGCAACCAAGGGAACGAGAGUUUUGGAGCUCGCUCCCACAAUUCAAAUAAAAAUAAUCACGACUUCCGAAGUUUUUCACCAAUUUACAAUUCCAGAGAAUCCAGCCAGAAAUUAUUUAAAGUUAGUAGAGUAGAAUCGCCUCCUCCAAAAAGUUAUACACCAACAUGAGACAAGUCAAUUAAUUCGUCUGCCAAGAUGUCCCAAGCAUCUCGAAAUGGCACAGCAGAGACCCCAGAAAAGAAAUUCCAAUAUAAACCCUAUGCAUUUGAUGGCUGCCUAAAGCUGAGGCCAGAAAAGUAUUAUUUAAUAGGUGGAUCGGGACCAUGCAAUGUUAGCAUAGAAAACCAAAAAUCGAAAAUUGCGAGCAAAGAAAAAGCUGAAGGCUAUUGUAGAUUAAGCAGAGAAUUCCGCAAAGGGCUUGCAAUGUAA